UAAAACUGUGGACGUGGACAAGUUUAGGAUGAUUCAAGGGCCUAGUUUUUUUUUUAUUCGCUCAAGGUACCGCGCUGUGUUGCACCCGGACGAUUAUUCGUGUUGCGCAGUGCUCUCAUUUCCCCCAACGAGCUAACGUGGAUGGAGGGAAAGAAACGCCGCCAAAAAAAGGCAAAAAGCGUCAAAAUUUUGGAUUUUUGACGUGAAUUCUUGUUCUUUUGAUUCAGUUUGAGUCAUUUUAAAGUUUUAAUAAUCACUCAAACUGUGGACGUGGACAAGUUUAGGAGGAUUCAAGGGCCUCGUUUUUUUUUAAUUCGCUCAAGGUACCGCGCUGUGUUGCACCCGGACGAUUAUUCGUGUUGCGCAGUGCUCUCAUUUCCGCCAACGAGCUGUUGACGAAUGCUAAGCGCUGUUAGCAGCUAAGGAGCAAAACGUGGAUGGAGGGAAAGAAACGCCGCCAAAAAGAGGCAAAAAGCGUCAAAAAUUUUGGAAUAAUUUUCAACUAAAUAGAAAAAAUUAACACAGCUCAGUGCGUGGAGUAUAAAACUGAAAUCGCGUCCUGGAUGCUGCGACACCUCAACCGGAAACCCACUACGUGCUUCCAGCUCGUUAACGGCUGAUAACAGGAAGUGACGUCAGAUCAGGAAGUGAAGCCCGUCUCCGUCCCGACAGCAAUGCGCUGCUCCUGCUACAACAACAUCUGACAUUUGCGGCCGGCUGAGCCGCAGAGAGCAGCGGGUGAAUGUAUCUGCGGACAGGUCGUGUGUGCGCUGAAGCCCCGGAUGUGUGUGUGGCGUCGGCGGAAAUGACCCUGAGAUGACUCGGCAGUGGCUUGGACAUCGAUGAUUCAACAGAAGAUGAGGCGUGCUCUGUUUGUCCGACUCGUCAUCGCUUGUUACCAUAGCUACAUAAACCACACUGACAUGGACACUACGCUAUAGUAAAUCAUGCUUUUUGCAAACUGAAGUCACUAAAAUACGUUUUUGUUUAAAUUAUUAUCAUUAUUAUUGUUUUUGAAUGGGUUUUUGCUAGUUUUCUGUGAUAAAAUGUCCCUGGCUGAGCAGUCUCAGAAGUGGUUUCCAACCCAUGUCCAAGCCACCGUUCUUCAGGCGUCCGGUUUACAGCCCAAAGGCAAAAAUGGCACCAACGACGCCUACACCAUCAUCCAGCUGGGGAAGGAGAAGUACUCCACGUCGGUGGCGGAGAAGACGGCCGACCCCGUCUGGAGGGAGGAGGCGUCCUUCGAGCUGCCUGGUCUGCUUCUGGAGGGGAACCCUGAAGUGUACGUGCUGUCGCUCACAGUGAUGCACCGCUCCUUAGUGGGGAUGGACAAAUUCCUGGGCCAGAAGACCAUCAACCUCAACGAAAUGUUUGAUAACAAGCAACGAAAGAAAACCGACUGGUUCUCCUUGGAGUCCAAGCCGGGGAAGAAGAAGAAGGACCGGGGUCGGAUCGAGGUCAGCAUCCAGUUCAUGAGGAACAACAUGACGGCCAGCAUGUUCGACCUCUCCAUGAAGGAGAAGCCGCGCUCGCCCUUCUCCAAGCUGAAGAACAAGGUGAAAGGUCGCAAACACGACGGCGGGGGCGUCUACGGCGACACGUCUUCGGCCAUCUUGCCCCGCUCUGCCGUGUGCGACGCGGAGCCGAGCGGCCGGCCGGCGGAGUCGAAGCCGGAGACGAAGGCGAAGCGGCCGCUGCUGUCCGGGGGCCAGAAGCUGUCAGCGGCCCACUCCAUGUCCGACCUCAUCGGGAACCACUUCCGACCCAAACUGGACUCCAUGAACUCCAUCGAAGAGAGCGGAAGUACAGGUGGCCCUCACCGGCGUUCCCAGAGCGAGGUGCCUGGAUACCAGGACGGAGAAGCACACAGUGACCCUUUCACUGAUAUCAGUGACACGCUGCCACAGAAGUAUGCCACGCUCCCACGCAACCGCAACCCGUUUGAGGGCGAGCGGGGGCAGCAGCCGUGGGAGCGGGCGGAGCGGAGGGAGAAAAAGGAGAAGGUCAGCCUGCUGGAACGUGUGACGGGGAAGAAGGAGGGCCGCAGGGCCGGCAACGGGGGCCGGUCGGGGAGCUCCGGAGACCUGCGCUCUCCCAACCCGUUCAGCGCCGACGCCGCGGCCGACACCAACCCGUUCAGCUUCAGCUACAAAACCAGUGACAACAAGCAGAGGGGAAGCGAGGACGGCCUCUUUGGGCAGAAGAAGAAGAAGGACAUUUUCGGCAAGAAAAACGUGGCGCCACCGGACACGGCGGCCAACUACAGCAACCUGACCUUUGACGAGGUCGUCCAGGAACUCAUCAAGCAGAAGGAAGUGGUCCGGAAGAAAGAUGCGCACAUCCGGGAGCUGGAAGACUACAUCGACAACCUGCUGGUCCGCGUCAUGGAGGAGACGCCCAGCAUCCUACGGACUCCCUACGAGCCCAAAAAGAAGGCCGGUAAACUCUCCAAAAAGAAGAGCUAAAAGAAACACUAGAUGAAAGGUCGCUAAUAAAGGUUCAGAAGGAGGUCAGGGGUCAAGGGUCGAUCAAAUUCAAGCAGCUUUACUUUAACUUCCUGUUUUAAUUUAAAGGUUUGGGUUGCUUUUAAUAUUUGUUGCUGUACUGAAAGACAAACGAUUCAAGUCAAGACGUUAGCUGGAGCAGGUUUUGGUCUGGAUUAUUUUAAGCUCAGUAGUAAUUUAUUACACUUGCCAUAAUCGGCCGCGAUGCUUCCAGACGUGUUUACCGGGCGCAUUAGCUGCAGUUACGUUACAAAUGAAGCUGUUUACAAUCGAUUUCAGACAUUUUAGACCGGCAGCUCCUCUACACAUAUUCCUAGACUGACUGGAAGAUGUUUUCCCAAGAACAAAUGUUCAUGUUUUUAAUGUUAUGGGGUUAAAACUUUACUUACUAUAAGUGCAAUAUAAUCACUACGGAAACAUGUUGCUUUACAACCUGCUGGUAUUUCUCUUGUUUACAUUUGAAUCGUAUGUUUGAGUUAAACUCGCCUCUUCCUGGUGAUCUGAUUGGUCGUUUCCUUCAAAGCUCUGCUGAUGAUUGUAUUAAUGGUACACAUGUGGAUCUAUGUUGCACAUAUCUUUAUUUAUGCUGCACAAUCCUUUAUUUAUUAGUGUUUUAUAGCUCAUAUGAAUGUUACUUUAAUUGCUGAGUCGUACUAUUGGUGCAAAUCAAAUAUCAUUUUUCCCAAGGUGUUCAAAAUGAAGUGUUCUCUAAAAACGUCUCGACAGAAAAGACGUAGUUGGUUGCACCUUUCUGAUCACUCCUGAUUUUGAAAUGUUUGCUUCACUUUCUGGGUGUUGGUUUCUAAAACGGAGAUCAUCCAGAACUUCUGUAAGUUAAAACUGAAGUUAGAAACUGAUUGUUUUGUCGGUGAGAUAAAGAUUUCGCUUUCCAAUUAAAAUAGGA